AUGUACCUACGAGCAGUCCACGCAGAGGGGCAAAUCGCCAUCCUCCACCAACUCAUCCGCGACAACCCACUGGGAAUUUUCACAACCGCUAUCAAAUCGCCUUCAUACCCACUUCUCCAAAGCAGCCAUAUCCCAUUCAUACUAGAUGUUCCAGAGACAACGGAUGGCAGCCUCUCGAAUGGAAUACUACGCGGUCAUAUGGCAAAGCAGAACCCGCAGGCAAAGGCGCUGAUGGAGGCAUUGGCGGCGCAACAAGAGCAAGGCAAUCCAAGUCUUGAGCUCCCAGACGAGGUCCUGGUCCUCUUUAAUGGCCCACAUCACCACUAUGUGACUCCAAAGUUUUAUACUGAGACCAAGCCCGCAACUGGCAAGGUCGUUCCCACCUGGAACUAUACCGCUGCGCAGGUAUAUGGAAAAAUCCGAAUCUACUGUGACUCCAAGUCUGAGGAGACGUCGAACUAUUUACAGAAGCAAGUUGAGGAACUAUCGAACCAGUCGGAAACUUCAAUUAUGGGAUAUACCUCACCGUGGAAAGUAUCCGAUGCGCCGGUUAACCACGUCGACCUUCUGAAGAAGAACAUUAUCGGCAUUGAGAUUACGAUCGAUCGCCUACAGGGGAAGUUUAAGAUGAGCCAAGAAAUGGGCCAGGGUGACCGGGAGGGCGUCAUCAAUGGGUUUGAGAAACUGGGCACUGAAACUGGGAAGGGGAUUGCGGAUAUGCUUCUGUCAACUUACAACAAAAAACAACUCAACUUUCUCAACAUGGCCGAAGAUCAAAAAAGAUCCGCGAAGCCGAAGAUUGACCUCUCACAAAAGCUAUCGGAGCUCCGGGCAGCGAGAACAAAGUCCCAAUCUUCUAGAGAUCCAACCCCCGUCACCCCUCCCCUCCCAAACCCGCCAGACCUAUCCUCCCACGAAUACUCUGUCCCCGUUCGUCGAAUCCUUUCUAAAAAUGACCACGAAACAUUCAUCUCCUCUCCCACCUACACCCUUGUCCUCGCCUUCAUCUUCGGUCUUUCUGACUCCGUGCGGGGUCGCGCAGCACCAGAUGCCGAAGCCAACCUCCCCGCCAACAUUUCCAAAAUUCUCUCAGUAAUAGACAACAUCGACAAGCUCGUCCAAAAGCACCCAGGUAUCGAUCAGGGCGGUUCUCGAUUUGGGAACCCCGCCUUCCGCGACCUGUUUGACGACGUUGCCACUCAGAGCACAGCAUGGCAUCGAGACAUUCUCGGAAUACAAAACGAGCCCGCUAUUAACGAGAUAUCUACAUACCUGAUUCAUUCGCUGGGGUCGCGGGACAGACUGGACUAUGGCUCGGGGCACGAACUGAAUUUCAUGAUGUGGCUGCUCUGUCUGCGACAGCUAGGUCUGUUCUCAAAGCCGGACUUUGAGUCGAUCGUGUUCCGUGUCUAUGUUCGGUAUAUGUGCCUUAUGCGUGAUGUCCAGUCGACGUAUUAUCUCGAACCCGCCGGGUCCCACGGCGUCUGGGGAUUAGAUGAUUACCACUUCUUGCCGUUUUUGUUUGGCGCAGCACAGCUUGUUGGACACCCAUAUGUCACACCGCUGGCGAUUCAUAAUACCGCUAUUCUUGAUGAAGAGGGUGAUCGAUAUCUGUAUCUCGACCAGGUACGAUGGGUGGAUAGCGUCAAGACAGUAAAAGGUCUACGGUGGCAUAGUCCUAUGCUGGAUGACAUCUCGGGCGCGAAGAAUUGGACUAAGAUCGAGAGCGGCAUGAAGAAAAUGUUCAUCAAGGAAGUCAUGGGGAAACUUCCUAUCAUGCAGCACUUUUUGUUUGGCAGUUUGCUUCCUGCUGAAUCUGGUAUGGGCGAACUCCCAGCUGGAGAAGAGGAAAGCGAACAUACGCACGAGCAUGAAGACGGGCAUGUCCACGACCACAGUCAGCAUUCAGAUUGGUUCGGCGACUGUUGUGGAAUCAAGGUACCGAGUACUAUAGCCGCUGGGGCUGAGAUGCGAAAACGGAUGGGUGGGAGCUCGAGCCUACGCCCGAUUCCGUUUGACUAG